UCACAUUCUCCAUGGGGUCUCUGGUAGGCCAUGUAGCUCCUGGUAUUGGCUUCCUGCUAAUCGGAAUAUGGCAUCUCUUCAACAACAUCAAGCUCUUCUCUCUCCACCCUAACACCUAUCGUUCCCUCCCUUGGUUCCCAGCCCCAAAGCUCCGUUUCCUCGAACUCCUCCUCAUCGCCGCCGGUAGCUCCGCUUCCAUAGCCAUGGAGCUCUUCAUCGGUCCGUCACGCCACCAACCCCUUGACUCCGACUUCACUAUCCCUUCCUACCAUUUACACAACUUCGAGCACGCUUCCAUCUCCCUUUCUUUACUCAUGCACGCUGCUUUCGCCAUGGCUUUAGACCGAGCUGCCACUGCAACCGCUAAGCAGGAACUUACCAAUCUCACCGCAGCGGCAGCAUUUGGGCAACAAUUAUUGCUUUUUCAUCUUCACUCGACUGAUCAUGCAGGGGUGGAGGGACAAUACCAUUGGCUUCUUCAGCUCGUUAUUGCCAUUUCUCUCAUUACCACUUUGAUGGGCAUUAGCCACCCCUGCAGCUUUGUGAUUGCCUUUGUUAGGUCAACUAGCAUCUCUUUGCAGGGGAUCUGGUUCAUCGUCAUGGGCUGCGCUCUGUGGACGCCGGCGUUAAUCCCCAAGGGCUGCUUCAUGAACGCCGAGGACGGUCACUACGUUGUCCGCUGCCGGAGCGACGAGGAGCUUCACCGCGCUAAGUCUCUGGUCAACAUCGAAUUCUGUUGGCUUCUCUCCGCUGUCGUCGCUUUCUCGUUGCUCUGUUACCUCUUCUUGAGCAGGAAGUAUGAGAAGGAGUCGGAGUAUGACUCCAUUGAAGAGGAGGAGAUGGAGGAUUUGGAGCUUGGGAAGAAGAGUAAGAGCAAGCUUGAGGUCUCUGAUAGCUUUGUGAAUAUGGAAAGGGUGAUGAGCUCCAUAGAGCUUGAGAGGUGAUUAGAGGGCUUAAUUGGGAGUUUUUAUUGGUGUUUAAUUAAUUAAUGAAGAUAUAAGGGGCUUUCUAAUUAAGUUAUUUAUAAUUAUCUUGUUUUUAGAAAAAUCUUUAUUGUAGAAGGAAGACGUUAUGUAAUUCAAUGUAAAUAA